AUGAAGCCAAAGCAAUAUAGCCUACCUGCAAAGCAGCAGAGGCCUCGGUCCAAACGCAAGGCCGCUGACUCUGCCGUGCGAGAUGCGUACAUAGCGAACAAGACGCAGCCUUCACCGACCUCUAGCACAAGCAGCCAAAGUGAGCAGAUAAUCGUGGAGAGCACACCGGCAAAGCCCCGGCAAAGCCUGCGCGUCAGGCGAUCGUCCACCACUCCAACCAGUGCACCAAAGACCCCUCCAAAGGGACCCAACAACCUCAGAAGCCGGCCCCAGACCCCCCAGAGCACAAUCCUCACCAGAAGUCGACGAGCCUUCCAGCAGGAGGAGCCUGUCACCCCCAUAGAGAGCAGUCAAAGCAAUGCCCUGGAAGCAGCUGCAGUCCUGGGCGAUCUCUGCUGCACCAAUAAGCCAACACUCACAGCCCUGCAGCCCCGUUUCUCUCCCCCAGCUUUCCCUGACUUCUUCUAUGGCACUGUUGACUUCCUGGCGCUCACCCUCAAGCGCCGGAUACUCGAUGCACACAUGCGCGAGUGGUUUGCCAGCUUUGGCUGCUGGUAUGACCUGCCAGACAUGUGCCUGCCUGUCAAGAAGCGGCGGUUGUAUCGCCAGGUGUCACCUGCUGCGUCCCAAUCUGAGUAG